CGGCUACAUAUCAACUUCAGACAACGUGCACAAACAACACUUUUAAGGGGCAGUGCACAUCACCGACGAAAUAUACCUUCGUAUGACAGCCUGAGAGACGUCUAAUCCGAAGAUGAAUUCUUUCCAAACAUCUGAGCCUGAGAUACCAGACUAUUACACAGAUCUCGGAAUACCACAGCAAGCUAACUUUCAAGAAAUCAAGACAGCUUUUCGAAACUUAGCGAGAAAGCAUCAUCCUGACAAGAAAGCCCCCGGCCAAUCUAUUGAUGCUCAUGAUUUCCGCAAGGUCCGGGAAGCCUAUGAAUACUUGAUAGACGAUAAUAAGCGGCAAAUUUACGAUGUGGACUACUCGAAUGUACGGGAAAAGUGGGCAAGAUACAGAACAUGGAGAGAAACUGAAGUUAGACGUGAAGAGACGAAACGAGCGGAGCAAGAACGUCAAGCCGCUAGAACACGAGCAGAAGAGCUGAGAAAGGCAGCAGAAGCUGAGCGAAUGCGCAAGAUAGACGAGGCAAUAAGAGCAGCAAUAGAAAGAGAAAAACGCGAGGUUAUGAGAAAAGAGAGGGCAAGGCAGGCUGAAGAGCGUUCUCGUGAGACCGCACGCCGAGCCCGCGAACAACAGGAACAGGCGGCCAAAGAACGGCUCCGGAGGCAGAAAGAAACAGAAGCAGAGAGAAGAUCAGAAGAAGCAGCAAGAAAGGCAAGGGUCGAGCGGGAACAGGCAGCACAGGAACGACUGAAGGCUAUCUUGAUUGUGGAAAAGCAGGAAGCUUCCCGCCAAAGAUGGGCUAAGAUGCGUGAGGCGGCAGAUCAAAGAGAAGCAGCGAAGCGGCAACAAGAUCAGCAUAGCCAGCCUAGGCCUGCACAGCAGGGCGAGCAGGUCCAUCCUCAAUAUACCUGGAGAGAAAGAAUGGUUGCGAAAGAACAGCAGGGGAUGUCUCCAAAGCCCACAUCCGCGAAGUGUCAACCGGAAAGGACCCCGCGAUUUGCACCUCAAACAUCUGAUACUAAAUGGAAUUUCCAGCCAAACUGGAGAAACAGAGCUACUCCUAGAUCCCAGGUAGAGGACCCCUCGAAAGCUGUGCCUUUACAGCCUCCCAGAAGUACUACCUAUCGACCUAGUUGGCGAGAGAGAGAAGCAGCUAAGAAAUUCCAAUCUAGUGGAGGAACGACGUAAACUUUGCCCUGAGUUUACGAAGGGUUAUUAUUACCAAUUUGCAUCGGAUCGAAUUUUCUUAAAUAAAGUUUAUUAUAAAAAACGAAGGAAAUUUUAAGCUUUUAAUUAAAUGUAAC